UGCGCUGAGUUCAAGGCCCGCUCAGCGUGUGCACUCGGUCAGUGAAGCUGUUGUUGGUAAACACCUGACAGAACAUGCGGCUCACACAUGGACGGAUAGUAACUGCUCUGUGCUUCCCUCCAGCAGGGGCAGAAGAGGAGCUGCAGGUGAUUCAGCCUGAUAAGUCUGUGUCCAUCGCAGCCGGUGAGACGGCCACUCUGAGCUGCACUGUGACCUCCCUCCCUGUGGGGCCCAUGUGGUUCAGGGGGACAGGGCCAGGCCGGGAGCUCAUCUACAAUUUCAGAGAAGGCAGCCUCUCUCAACGAGUAACAGCUGUCGCAGACACCACGAGGAGAGACAACAUGGACUUUUCCAUCCGCAUCAGUAACAUCACCCCAGCAGACACAGGGAUGUACUACUGUGUGAAGUUCCAGAGAGGAAGCCCUGACACGGAGCUCAGGUCUGGAGCAGGCACUCAGCUCACCGUGAGUGCCAAACCCUCUCUCCCUGUGGUAUCGGGUCCUACGGGGCGGUCCACACCUGGGCAGACAGUGAGCUUCACCUGUGAGUCCCAUGGCUUCUCCCCCAAAAAGAUCACCCUAAAAUGGUUCAAAGAUGGGAAUGAGCUCCCAGCCUCCCAGACCACCGUGGACCCCGAGGGAGACAGCCCUUCCUACAGCAUCUCCAGCACAGCCAAGGUGGUGCUGGCCCCGGGGGAUGUUCGCUCCCAGGUCAUCUGCCAGGUGGCCCACGACACCCUAAAGGGAGACACUACUCUUCGUGGGACCGCCAACUUGUCUGAGACCAUCCGAGUUCCUCCCACCUUGAAGGUCACACAGCACACUGUGUCAGGGAACCAGGAGAAUGUCACCUGCCUGGUGAAGAACUUCUACCCCCAGCACCUCCAGCUGACCUGGUUGGAGAAUGGAAACAAGUCCCGAACAGAAACGGCCUCGACCCGCGUGGAGAACAAGGACGGGACCUUCAGCUGGAGCAGCUGGCUCCUGGUGAACCUGUCUGCCCACAGGGAGGAUGUGAUGCUCACCUGUCUGGUGGAGCACGACGGGCAGCCGGCGGUCACCACUAACCUCACGGUCAAGGCCUCUGCUCAUCAGAAGGACCAGAACACAGGUGGACCCUCUGAUGAUCCCAAGAAUAGUAUCUUCAUUGUGGUGGGCGUGGUGUGUGCCUUGCUGGUGGCCCUGCUGAUCGCAGCCCUCUAUCUCCUGCGCGUCCGACAGAAGAAAGCCAAGGGCUCCACUUCUUCUACAAGGUUGCAUGAGCCUGAGAAGAACGCCAGAGAAAUAACCCAGGUCCAGGACAACAACGACAUCACAUAUGCAGACCUGAACCUGCCCAAGAGGAAGAAGUCUGCCCCCCGGGCUGCUGAGUCCAACAACCACACGGAAUACGCCAGCAUCCAGGCCGUCCGGCCGCCCGCGCCUGAAGACACCCUUACCUAUGCCGACCUGGAUAUGGUCCACCUCAACCGGGCCCCCAAGCAGCCAGCCCCAAAGCCCGAGCCAUCUCACUCGGAGUAUGCCAGCGUUCAGGUCCAGAGGAAGUGAACAGGGCCUAGGUCGUCUCUGGGUCUGUGCCCAUGAGCCUGCCUGUCCCCCGUGGGACGGGCAGCUCAGUUCCCGGAGGGCCAGGGUGGCGCAGGUCUUGGGACCCAAGGAUGAGGCUGGAUCUUGGCUCCCCGACCCGCUUGGCUCUCCAGCAUUUCCAGGGUGGCCACAGCCUCCCACAUUGUCACAUGGAAGCUAAUGCUGCCAGACCGGCCAGGGAACCCACCUGGGACCUGGCCAGAGCUGCCAGGGGUCCAAGAACUCUCAUGCGUCUCUCCAUCAACCAUGGGUCUUGACGACUCUUGACAGCCUCCUUGAUCUUCCAAGGUGAGGAGGGAGAAAAUCCCCACCUGCUCCUCCCACCACCACCACCACCACCACCAUCCAACGGGAGCUCUGGGAAAAGUUCUGCUUAGAUUAAACUGCCCCAUCCAUGGAGAAGCUUAAACAAAACAAAAUAAAAAAAAGCGCUGGGACUGCAUCCUGAGAGUCAGUGAGGCUGCUGCCAACAGCCCUGGCCUCCCGCAUCCCUGGACUGACAAGUCACAAGCCCUGGGGAGGAGAGAACCCUCCAGGGAGUCCUCCACCACCGAGGACUGAGUGCCGGACCCCCCUCCUCGUGCCCUCCGAGACUCCUCGAGGGCCCAGCAUCCUGACGUGACACUCCAUGUGGACCCGCCUCGCCUUUCCAGACCUGAGCUUGCUUCCUCCAGCUAGCACUAACUCAGCAACAUCUCGCUGUGGACGCCUGUAAAUUAUUGAUACAUGUGAAACGUGCAAUCUUGAAACUGAGGUGUAAGAAAAUUUGAUCUGUGGUGUUUUGUUUGUUUUUUUCUUAAAACAACGGCAGCAUUAUCUUGGCUCUUUGUCAUGUGUUGAAGUCCAUGGUCGGGUCUUGUGCCGUCUAAGGUUUAGCAGUUGGUUCCCUGGAGGGAAGAUGCUACAGCAGAAAGCGAGGUCCUCAUGUCCCAGAGCUCUGAGGAUAGGGACGAAGACUCCAGCUCGGCUGCUCCGUGGAGAUGCUCAGCCUUCUCUCCAGGACGAAAUUGGCCACGUUCUCGGGCGAGCCACGUGGCUGGUACUACUGCCUUCCUGCCCCCGCGUGGUAAGUCUGAACCUGCCAGUGCUUCUCCAGGCUGCCUCCUCGCCCUGCGGUCUUGUCGAGACCAAAUGCCUCAGUCUGCUCUCUUGGAAAGAGGGGAACCAUUCCUCAUUAGCACUUUAGGGCCACGCAGGGUAGGAAGCUGUGCCUGGCUUUCCCCCCACACACCCUUUUAGUGACCUUCCUUCACUCCAGCUCUCUGAUUUCUGCUCUCAAACCCUGUGGGAUCAAACUGGAAUAAAUCCAAGGCCGGCAGCUGGGCAGCUGUGAGGCCAGGAUUGACCCCUUUCUGUCCCUCUGUCUCAGGAGGUUGGGCAGAAGCUGUGACCCAUGGUCCUCUGACCCCCACCCUUCCAAGGCAGUGUGGGGGCCUGGCUGGCCCGGGGCCAGCAGCAGCUGCACACUGUUUGGUUGUCACAUGUAGCUGAUCCGCUCUUAGCGCUGAGACACUCGUCUUCCCCGCCCCCGCCCCGGGCCAGAGGUUGGGUGCCCGAGGGAUUGCUGCUCAGGCCACCAGAGCAAGAGAGAAACUGACCCCUCCUGCCUGGCAGCAUGGCCUACAGGUGGACCCGGCUCUCGGGGACGGUGACGGGGUGUUUUACAUGACGGCAUCCAGGAGUGAGCUGAGCCAACAGGCCAUGUGGGCAGCUUUGGCUCAACGAGCUGGAGUUUUUCUGUGGCAUCUGGGAGCACAGUAGCUCAGCCACCUGGCUCAGACCAUUUCCAAAUUCCAAAAGGUUGGCUUGUCAACCUGUGUCUCCCCGUCUUCUGCCCGGAGAGAACGCACACACACGCGCACACACUCACACAGAAUCUUGAAAGGAUGUUUUCUUGGUGCCAUUUUAAUUUAAUUUUAUUUUGACGUUCGGAAGGGGAGUAAGGGAGUGAGUCCAAGGAAGCCGUGUAGUUUGAGCUGCAGACCGGCAGCCUGGAGAUUCUGAUACCUUGUGUAUCGAACCCCAGGAAAAGGAAGAGGUCGGAGCGACAGUGCGGAAGGAGCGUGGUUUCGGGUUUAUUUUAAGACUGCUGGGAAGGAAACAGGCCCCAUUUUGUAUAUAGUUGCAACUUAAACUUUUUGGCUUGCAAAAUAUUUUUGUAAUAAAGAUUUCUG